CACUCUCCUCGGCUCAGAGCCAACAGAUGCUCAUCUAGAGCAAUGUAUCAUAGUUUCAAAGUUCACACGCCUGCAUACGCAGAUGCAGUCGUACAAGAAUCACACAAACGUCGAACCUCCAACUUUCGAGCGUGUGAACCAUGCAGGAAACGUAAAAUUCGCUGCGACGGAUGCCGACCAUGCGAAAAUUGUCAACGUUCUCACACCGAGUCGUCUUGUAAAUAUGUCGAAGGUACUAGGCGAUCGUCAUAUGUGAGAAGGUCGGCUGAAAGGCAUUCGCAAGAAGUACAGGACUAUCGCGACGUCUUCGACCAAUUAUUCCCGGGGUCCGACCCAAGAAGUCUCAAAGGACUGUCUAGAGGGAGACUCAUCGAAUUGUUGGUAUCCAAUAAACUGCCACCAGACGUAUCGCCUGGGACGGUGACCGUAGAUGACCCAAGCCCACUCAGCGACGAGGCUGAGGUCCUGGAACGCUUUCAGCCCAUGCCCGACGGUGAGAACUCGACUUUGGGUGAUGAGGAUGACGAUUUAGCCGAUGACGUUAACGCCCUCUCCUUGUCCGUCAAGGGAGCGCCUUCGUACGUUGGCAUUUCUUCCGUCGGGGCUGCUUUGAGAGUGAUUGAGUGGCUUCGACCGGGGAGCUUACCGAGAAAGCCACCAACCUCGCAUGAUGACCAGUCUCACCAACACGAGGAAAAGACACAAGAUGUUCAGCCCGAGGAGGUCUCUGCAAACUCGGCUUCGUCUCACUGGGAAGAAGUCCCCCUGAUAAAUGCUUACUUCGAAUUUGUCCAUCCCGCGAUACCUCUCAUUGACGAAAGCUCCUUUCGCAACACAUAUAUGGCAGCAAAGCGGAAAGACCCACGAUGGUCCUUGUUGCUAAACGUUGUCUUGGCCAUGGCAAGUGUCGUCGCCGGUCCUGUUGCCGAAUCUUCCAGCCAUUGGAUGUAUUUUGCCAAGGCAAGCGCGCAUUUGACAUUUGAGACCCUCAACCACGCCCAUUACGAGAUCAUCCAGGCACUGGCAAUACUGUCUGGUCUGUACAUGCACGUCCUACAGCGGCCCACCGAAGCGAAUGCCAUCAUGGGUGCUACGCUGAGAUUGGCCAUCAUUCUGGGGUUUCACAAAGACUUUCCGGAAACAACGACUCAAAAAAGUACAUCGUCAAUCAAUGCCGAAAUGCGACGGAGGAUAUGGUGGUCGCUAUGUAUGCUGGAUUCAUGGGCAACCAACGGACUUGGACGUCCGACCAUGGGGCGAAUAAGCACCGGGGUGACAGUCAAGCUACCUCAAGAAGGGAUAGAGAAAUCCCCUGCUCUUCUCCAGCUUGUACAGCAGAACAUUUAUCUGACCAUACUCAGUACCAGGGUGGAAGACGCACUCGCUGCAUCCCCCAUCCUCAAUGAAGAAAAUACGCUGGCCAUGGACCAACAGUAUGCAGAUUGGUUCAAUUCGUCCUUUGUGAAAAGAGGAGGUCAACUUCAUCGAGAGCGCCUCGGUGUACAUGUGAUGGCCAACGUUAUGAGAUGGCGAUACCUUUGGCAUCGAGCGAUUAUUCACAGGCCCUAUCUGCUAUGGUCCUUGACUUGCAAACAACGUCCGGAACAAUUGCCGGAAAAGCGGCAAAGGGCUAUAUCUUUGUGCUCGCAACAUUGCCAAGAGCUGAUCGAGGAUAUUGCUGCAACUUGGGACGAAAGGAAAGCUUGUCAAUUUGCCGGCUGGAAUGCCACCUGGUUCAUUUACCAAGCCUCAUUCACCCCGUUGUUGACAUUGUUCUACAAGUUUUCUGACCCUGAAACUAUUCGGGACAGUCAGCGCCAGAUUGAACUGGUGUUGAACACACUCGGCCAUCUUCAACCGUGGUUCGCGACGGCACAGAGAUCUGCAGAAGUGGUCCGCUGGCUGUAUGCGGCCAGUCAAUGCCCGUCGAAUAACGGUGGCACCUCAAUCACAAGUGGCCCAGGUCCUGGCAACAGCCUUGAGGGUGCAGAUAUCCACGCAGAUGUACAGACGGCUGGAAGCGGCGGGAUAUUACCUGACAAUGCUGUCGCAGUAGGCCUGGAGUCUUUUGAGUCUGCUUUUCCUCCUCCUUUUUCAGAUGACUUCCUUGGUGCAUUGGGCUGGACCACUGAAUGGGAUGCCAUGUUGGAUAUUGAUAUUCCUGGUCUCGAAUUUGGCAUGGACCCCGAUGUUUAAGACGAGAACCGACUGUAAAUUCACAUGUUGGUCUUCGAAUCUAUCACAAAUGUAUUAGAUGACUAAGCGGCCUCGGGGCUUUGACGCGU